AAUAAUAAAAAAAUGCCUUGCCAAUUGCCAGAAGGAAUUGAGAAUGUUUCAGAUGAUGUUUUUUCGUAUAUGUGCAAUUUGGCAAUGGAAAAAUGUUCAGAUAAAGGAGAGAAAAAGAAAGCCUCUUGUGGGGGUGCAGCAAUGAGGAAAAGAUUGUUAAUAAAGAAUUUUGUUGCACAAAUGUUAUCACAAGAGCAGCAAACGAAGAAUUUACAGCAACAAUAUUUGGAUGCUAGAGAAUGUCAACAAAAUUUAACUUCUACAACUUCUUGGAUAUCUUCACAAUUAGCAGACGAUAGACAUAUGGAAAGGGAAGAGGAAGACGAAAUGGAAGAAUUUAAAAUAAGAGAAGAAUAUAGAAGAGUGGGUGAAGAAAAAGAGGGGGAAGGAGAGGAUUAUGAUGAGGUUGAAGGUGAAGAGGAAGAAGAUGAUGGGGAUGAAGAAGAGGAGGAGGAAGAGGAAGAAACAGAUGUAGCUACUCUUUUCGCUGUAACUGAUCAAAAAGAAGAAAAUUCUUUUAGGCCGAGAUACCAAAACAACACUUCUGUUGAAGAAGAAGAUAUUUUAUUGGAGGAAGAAGAAAACAAAGAAGAAACAAUUUCAAAUAAUUCAUCUUCAACAACAUUUUCUUCAAUUUCUAAUUAUUCGACAGCUGCUAAUUAUGGUAGUUGGCCAAAUCAAUUAAAUGAAGAAAAGAGGGGAGUGGAAGAAGAUGAAUUCCAAAAAGUGCCUAUACAACAAAAUCAAUUUUUAUUUUAUGGACAGUCCCCUUUACUCUGAUAACCAAAAAACGAUGGGGAAAGGUUUGUAGGGGAACGGGGAAAGUUUCUUUGUAUUUUCGACUUAUUUGGGCUUUUUUCUAUUUAAAUAAGUAAAUCUUUAACUUGAUACAAAAAUAAUAUUUAAUUGUCAUGGAGUCCUUGGCCCUAUCAUAAAAUCUGGGAAAGUUUUUAUUUUAAAUUUUCGUUUUUCUUAGCUUUUAUCAAAUCAAUCGGGCUGAUUUUUAUUUUAUAUUUAUUAAAGCGG